CAUCACCGAGCGGGGAGGGGCCCCGGUUCCCACUAUUGGCUGCCACUGUAUUACCGACAGCUUUACGGUAGGGCCACAGCCGGAGAGGAUGUGCGCGAGCGGUGGUCUUUUCAUCUCCAUGAAGCGCAGAAUCUGCUGGCGUUCAACAUGAUUUUAAGAAGACUAUAGUGGGCUUUUUCUUUCUCUUUCUUCAGCACGCAACCCUUCUGGACCCCGCGCUGUUUAAACCCGAAAAGAGAUGCGCGCAGAUCUCCGCGGAUACAUUGUCCGGACACCGCGAGAGGAGGAGAGGAGCAUGUAACCGGGAGAAACGCACCGGCAGCGGCGGCGGCGGCACCACCUGACACCUCUCUCUCUCUCUCUCUCUCUCUCUCUCUCUCUCUCUCUCUCCUUGUUUUCCUCAUAAUUUGAGGCUUCUUGAUGCGUUGACUGAACUCUUCUCGUCGCUUUGGAUAUUACCUUCAACAAAAUGAGCGAGGAAGUGUCAGAGGUCCCCAAAGAGCUUCUGGAGAGUGUAAGGGAUGCAGUGGGGAGGAAGGUGAAGCUGUCGCUGAGGAAGAGAGUCAAACUGGAGAUCAAAGGAGACAAGACGGAGAACAGAGUCUUGGCCCUUGCAUCUCACCGAGCCUACCUCUUGACAGCACGCAUUCCCACAAAGGUGGAACACUCCUUUAAUUAUCUGGAGAUCCAAGGGAUUGCUUGUAACAAGCCAACACAGCUGUUCAUAGACUACGAGCGUAGCUCCUUCUCUUUGAAGCUGCUCUCUACAGAGGAGGUCAAUGAGGUGGUUGCUCAUAUAGGAAACUGUCUGCUGAGGAUAUGUCCCGGUCUACCACCUAGUAAAGUGAUGAAGAAGCUCUGCAUGGAGCCUCCAGACAGGCUGAACUCUCUGCAGACUCUGUGGGAGAACAACAAGCCUGCUGAACCUGGACCCUGUGGUGGGUUUUCGCAGAUGUACAGAUGUGUUUGUGACUGGUUGGGGCUGCCUUACAAAGAAGAGGUGCAGUGGGAUGUGGACACUAUCUACUUGACACAAGACACCAGAGAACUCAACCUGCAGGACUUCAGUCAUCUGGAGAACAGGGAUCUGGUGGCUAUAAUAGCAGUGCUGGAGUUUAACCAGUGGUUCACCAAGCUCUCCACCAAGGAUUAUAAACUGUCUGCAGAUGUGUGCGAGCAGAUCCUUCGGGUAGUGUCUCGCUCCAGUCGACUGGAAGAAUUGGUUCUGGACAACGCAGGACUCAAAACUGAUUUUGCCCAAAAGCUAGCUGCUGCCCUGGCCCAUAACCCCAGCUCAGGACUCACCACCAUUAAUCUUGCCAACAACCCACUGGAGGACAGAGGUAUCUCUUCCCUGGGUGCUCAGUUUGCCAAACUUCGAAUGGGGCUCAAGCAUUUAAACUUCUCCAAAACCUCACUCUCACCCAAAGGGGUGAAUAGCCUUUGCCAGUCACUGAGUGCCAACCCGUCCAUCCCCAGCAGCCUGGUCCAUCUGGACCUCUCAGGGAAUGUCCUCCGAGGAGACGACAUGCAGCAUUUCUACCACUUCCUGGGUCAACCCAACAGCCUGGCAACCCUUGACCUCUCCAACACUGACUGCUCAUUGGACCAGGUUUGCUCGGCCCUGCUGCGAGGCUCAGUUCAACACCUCUCUGUUCUUAACGUGUCAAAAAGCGUCUUCCCUCACAGGAAAGGCAAAGAGGUUCCUCCGUCAUUCAAGCACUUCUUCAGCAGUGCCAUGUCUCUCAGCUCCAUCAACGUGUCAGGAACCAAGCUGCCACCAGAGGCCCUCAAAGCUCUCCUGCUUGGCCUGGCCAGUAACCUCAAUCUGAAGGACGUGUCUCUAGACCUCAGCUGCUGUGAGUUGCGGUCAGGAGGUUCUCAGAUCCUUGAAGGUUGUAUUGCAGAGAUCCCAAACAUCUCCAGCCUAGACAUCUCUGACAAUGGCCUAGACUCAGACCUGUCCACUCUGCUGGUGUGGUUAGCCAAGAACCGAUCCAUCAGACACCUCUCUCUGGGCAAGAACUUCAACAACAUCAAGUCCAAAAACCUUGCUCCUGUGUUGGACAGCCUGGUCCAUAUGAUUCAGGAAGAGGAGUCGCCCCUUACCUCCCUGUCUCUAGCAGACUCCAGACUAAAGAGUGAUUUGACCAUCGUGCUGAACGCCCUCGGCAGCAACUCCUCGCUCACCAGGUUAGACAUCAGCGGGAACGCCAUGGGGGACAUGGGAGCCAAGAUGCUGGCCAAGGCGCUACAGAUCAACUCCAAACUCAGGACUGUGAUCUGGGAUAAGAACAACACCAGCCCUCAGGGUCUUCAGGAUGUCGCAGCUGCUCUGGAAAAGAACUUCACCAUUCGUUUCAUGCCCAUCCCCAUCAUCGAUGCCUCCCAGGCUCUGAAGGCCAGCCCUGAGAAAACAGAGGAUGCCUUGCUGAAGAUUGAGAAUUACCUGUACAGGAACCAUGAAACCAGAAAAUACCUACAGGAACAGGCCUAUCGGCUGCAGCAGGGUAUUGUAACCACAACCACACAACAGAUGAUUGACAGGAUCUGUGUGAAGGUGCAAGACCACCUGAACUCUUUGAGGAACUCGGAGACAGACCUCAUCUUGGAUGAUGUCAGAUCAGCAGAGAACCUCAUCAAAGAUGCCAGGAACUCUAAAACGCUGCUCCCCAACCUCUACCACCUAGGAUCCGCUGCCAGAGAGGAGGUGAACAGCUCUUCAGUGGGGCCCAUUCAGGAGAAACUGGAGUCUAUGGCUGGAGAAGUGACAACUGUCAUGGACCAGCAGCUACAGACUCUGUUGGAGUCGAUGGUGGAUGCAGCAGAGUCUCUGUGCCCUCAUGUGAUGAUGAGGUGUAAUCUUCGUCCAGAGCUAAUGAAAGCCAGCUCAGCCAAGAUGGUCGUACCUAAAAGCUUUGUCACCAAAACCCUCCUAGAGCAGUCUGGGGUGGAUAUCAUCAACAAGAUCAGUGAGGUGAAGCUGAGUCUAGCGUCCUUCCUGUCCGAUCGCAUUGUUGAUGAGAUUUUGGAGGCUCUUUCCACUUCCCAACUCACUCUGGCAGACCACCUGGUGAGGCGAGGUCGCCCCUUGGUGCGGCAGGAGUCGGUGGAUCUGGACGUCCCAGAGGAGAAGAUUCCUAAACGGGCAUCAACUGAGAUACUGGAGGCUGAACGGCUGGAGGAUCUAGAGACAUGCAUGACUUUGUGCUGCACCACUAUGACUCCUAAAUCCAAGAGGAAGAGUAUCCACAGCAGAAUGCUUCGGCCAGUGUCUCGUGCCUUUGAGAUGGAGUUUGACCUGGACAAGGCCCUGGAGGACGUCCCUAUCCACAUGGAGGACACUUCAUCUCGAACUCCACCUACUCCAUCUCACCUUCUGCCAAAACAGGAGCAUCGUCCACCAGGAGCGAUGGUGGAGCUGCCGUCUGAGGAGGAAAAAAAGCUGCAGCACUUCACCAAACUACGACCUCGCCGGAACAAGAAAACACAUUCCAGCAAAGUCCCUCAAAUCAACAGUGCUCCAUCUCAGGAUGGGGAGCAGAAUGGCCUCAUGGGAAGGGUAGAUGAGGGUGUGGACGAGUUCUUCUCAACAAAAGUUACCAAGAUGGAUUCCAAACGUUCCCUAAAGAGUUCAGAAUCUCAGGAUGGAGAGAAGAAGAAGAGUAAAGGAGGAUUCCUUAAUCUCAUUAAACGUUCUACCAAAUCAGAUAAAUCGGACAAAUCAGAUAAAUCGGAUAAGUCAGAGAAAAACCAGGCAACCCCUUCAGCUUUAGGUACAUCUGCAGCCUCGACGCCAGCUCCCACCAUCCCUGAGGAGCCCUCCUCACCAAAGGUGGCAUUAAAGAGCCCAGCACCUGAGACAAAAUCCAGAGACACUUCCAGCCGCUCGCAGCCUGCAGACUACAGCAGCAGCUCAGACCGCUCAGAGGAGCUGAGGACGCCGGACUCCAUAGACGAGCCCUGGGAGGGUUCGGACGGCAGAGGUAGUCCUCAGGGAGGCAGGCGGUACCCGGGGUUGCAGAUGAUGGGCAGCGGCCUCCUGGCAGAGAUGAAGGCCAAGCAGGAGAGGAGAGCACACAAGUCUUCUAGCCCCGACAGGCCUGACAGCAAUGCAACAGCUGCCAAGACCCAGCCCGCCAUUUCAGAAAGCAGGUCUCCCAGUGGUUCCAUUAAUAAAUCAGACCCUAGUUCACCAGAGAAGACCCCUCCUCGUGCUGAGACCAAGCCAGAACCGGCCCCUCGUCUCAGGGCUACGUCCUCCUCAAGUUCCCCUGGGGGACCAGUAAGUCCAAAACCACCUGUGCCACAGGGAGCAAAGCCUGCUCUGGCUGCCCGACCCACCAUCCCACAGAAGCCAAGGACCCCCAGCAGCAGCAGGAGCAUAGAUGAGAGCUCAGAUUCCCCCAGUAGUGGCGGUGUGUCUCCGAAGAUUACAGCUCUUCCUCCCACGCUGAAGAGGGUGCUGUCAGAGAAAGACAAAGAGGGUCAGCCCGGUCUGCAGUCAGGAGGCUCUACCAACAAAACCACUCAAGAUGUGAGGGUGGGGUCUGUGUCAGACUCUGUUCAGCGACCCGGCCCUCUUCGCACCAACUCUGAGGAUCAUGGCUCCUUCAAGACCAAGGACCAAUCUCCAAACCUGGAUAAGGACAAGGCAGGGGGCAAGAAGGCAUCAGACUCUGGGGAGGAGGCAGACAAAGACUUUAUUUUAAUAUGAGUGAGACAAACGUUGAUCAGCCUCACAUGUUCUCCUUUAGAAAAGCAACCAAUGGGGAAUCUAAUCAAUAUAUUUUCGUUUAUAUGAGAGGUUGUACCUGCAGGUCCUGUUUGACUGCAAAGUACAAAUCAUGUUUGGUUUGCAGGAAGACCUGCUGUAGUAUCAGGUCAUACACAGUCUCAAAUUUAAUUUAAUUUGGAUGUCUAUGAUGAAAUUAUUGAUAUUAACACUUGGGGGAAAUAUCCUCAUUCAGUGUUUCAGUCACAUCAUGUCACCUAGUGAACCAAACUGUCUCCUAAGAGCUUCCUUUUCACAAAUGUUUUUUUGUUCCUGCUCUCUGCUGUCAGGCGAAGUUCUCAUGUCUCUAAAGAAUAAAGUUUUUAGGAUUUAAGGAAAUUCAGCCAAUGAAUAUUGAAAUCUGAAUUUAAGUAUAAGUUUGUAAACUGCAAAAAAAAGAGACGCAAUGGUUUCAGGAAACAGCAGAUUUUUUGUUCAAAAGACAGAGAGACUGUGAAACUAUGAGUGUAGAUCUAUUAUGUCUUUCUUUAACUAAUAAUCCAACGUCUUGUUGCUAUUUGUUGCAGUAGCUUGUUUCCCAGGGACCAAACACAUGUAACAAUAAUACCAGGAUCACUGUACUGUACUUGAACUCAAACAUACGACCAGACCAGGACCCAAUGGCAUUUUGUUCCUUCAAUAUAUUUGUAUAGAUUUUUCUAUAUGCUAUUUUCAGUACAUGCAAGUAACUUUUCUCCGGACUUCAGAGGUGACUGAAUCCAUUAUGCAAUUGUUGCAGUUCAAAUCUUUUUUUUUUUUUUUCAGGAAAAUACAGGUUCAGCUGAGAAUCUCAGCCCACCAUUAAUCACAAAUACACAUUUGAUGUAGCUUGCUGUAGUAAAACUACCAGUCAGCCAGAGGAAACUAAGUGGACUCUUCACAGAGUGACUGAAGGAUAGCUAUUGCAAUAUCAAACACCCCAACAGGACUCAAGUUUGUCUCUGUGUGAGAGAGUUGGAGUGACCAUAUGAAGUGUGGCUUUGAGAGGACUGUGGUACACUUUAACUUAACUGAUAACCAAUCAAUAGGGUUUCAGCACUGUUAACUAACACUGUUCUCUGUGUUUAUACACUAUGGAAAAAAAAUAUAUAUCAUUAAUGCGCUGUUUAUAGGGGAAAGGAGUAUGUGUCUAUCAUUAAAGUGCAGUACAGAGUGUGAUUAUAACCGUAGUCUCAUAUUUCUGUUAUUUGGUCAAAAAAUGUAAAUCGAACACUUAAUUUCUAGCUUGGUAUUCCAGUGUUUGUCACAGUCAUACACACUCUGAAUUGCUCUUAAAGGCAAAUGCAUCUUCAAAUACAACAUACUUAAGUAUAAUAUUCCCCAGGUGUAAUAAAAACAAAGAACUUACUCAAAAAGAAACUGCUUGAAGGUAACACGGGGGAAAAUGUCAUAUGCUUCCCAUUUCAGUAUUUUGACAAUAACCCCAUCAGUCCGACACUGAGGGAACUCCAGCUUUCAAACACUCAGCAUCUCCUACAGACUUGACCUUCAGGGCUUUCAAACUCAGUUCACUUUCACUUCAUUCUGUCCAAAACGAGACAUUUCUUUGAUAUUCAACCUAUAUGGAGUUGGCAAUCAUAUUGCUUUUGUAAAAUAAUUGAGAAUGCAGUGCCUGACGUGAAAGUGAACUGAGGGUAGCUGUAUUUGGACCACAUGGACCUCUAGGCUAUUCUGUAUGCAGCAUUUUCAGGACCUGAAUGCUACACAACAACAACACAGGUCUCAGGCCGAUUCCUCUUAUUGUUGUCUUUCAAGAGCAAGAAAUGCCCUUUUCAUACUGCUACACAGUCAGCAAACAGAUCUUGUGUUCAAAAUCAUUAAUCUUCAUUAUACAAUGACAAUUACAUCCCAUAAGCACCUGUAUGUGAGAGUUGUGUGCUAAACUGUGUUCCAAAGUUAAUUUUAAAUGUGCACUAGACCUUGGUCUUUAUGCGCAGUGUGAAAAGGGCAGAACUUGUAUUUUACUGUGCUAGAGUGUAAUUCAAGUCAGGGCCAAAGGUCUUACUGGUGCACCUUUUCCUAUGGUGUCUAUCGAUGUAUUUUUGUAGGAUCAUCAAGAUUUAGCGUCUUUGUCACUAAUCAUGUCUUGGAAAUAACACUGUUUCUGCUGUAUAUAGUUAAUCUAUUUCUGAUGUCAACAACUGCUUUGAUUCACAGUCUCAGUCCCAAAACGCAAACAAACAAAAAAACAGUACUUUUCAAUACGUUUAAAGCAAACACGUGGCUGUGUGCUGUAUUCUGGAGACAUUUUUAGCCAUUUUCCUGACGCAUGGAAAUCAUAAAGACACCCUCUUCUUUCACUCUCCUGCGUGGGAUUUCAGAAGCAGCUGGCUGUGUUUCUGUCAUGAUUUCCUGUUCAAUUCUGCAAAAUGAGCAUCCACUUCAUUUCUGUUGGUGCACAGAGUGGAGAAAGUGAAAAUAACCAGUAGCAUUGAGUCUAGACUCCUGAGUCUAUGUGUGUGUGACUGCAUGAUGUGGCUGUGAGUUGUACUGUAUGUAUAUAUGUGCUUUCAUACAUGUAGGAGUGUGUGUGUGUGUGUGUGUGUGUGUGUGUGUGUGUGUGUGUGUGUGUGUGUGUGUGUGUGUGUGUGUGUGUGUGUGUGUGUGUGUGUGUAUAUGUAUGUGUAAUAUACGCACAUGUAAUAUACACACUGUGAUAUAUUCACACGCCUAUGUGAACACAGCAAAUCCUAUAUCGUUUUGGUACUAAGUACACUACUAUACUAGGGGUUUGUUUGUAACUUAUUUGGAAUAAAAACACAAACAGUGGCCGGUGAUGUCUUGAUCCUUUUGUUGUUUUUCCUGUCACAUGUACAUUGUGUUCAUAAAUGUAGAAAUUAAUUAUUUGUAUGUAUUAAUUUGUUAUUACAUGUAAUCAAUUUAAUGUUUUUAUCAUGAUUCAAGAAAAAAAAAAGAAAUGAUGCAUAACAAUGACUGUUUUCCUUGAGCUGGAAAGAAAAUUCAUGAAUACAAAUGACAUGAUUACUCAUUAUCAGUGUUGAUACAUGAUUUGUUCCAUUUUGUCAUGGAUCAGUAUGUUUCACUAAGUCAUUCUGCUGGUGUUGGACAUUUCUUCAUGCAAAUAUUAAUAUUGAUUAAAAUAAUUUUACAGGCUUCAAAA